AUUUAUUGAACGCUCUAGAUCUAGCUCAUUUAAACUAAGUCUUGCUUUACAGUAUAUAUUUGAAUACGCGUCAUCAAGGUGACGUCAUAUAAAUGAGCCGCGCCGUGAGAAGGCCGGCGGGGUUCUUUUGCGACCGGAUCGGGUCCGGGCCGGCCUUCGCGUCCGGGCGGUCUGGUCUGGCUCUAUGCUGUUCAAUUUCAAAGCCUGUAACAAUUAGAGAAACCGUCAGCGAAAGAAUGGGUCCUGGGCGGGCUGGUCUGGGUCGUUGCGGGUCGCGGGGCCACUGUGUUGUUUUUUUUUUCUUGGCGCGGCUCAAAUAAUAACUAUAAUAAAAACAAAAACAUCAACAGAAAACAUGGUAGCUUUACGAUCUGAAUUCCUCUAAACUGAAUAUUAUUUUUUUGUUUUGCUUUUUUCCAUAACCUAAACAAACUGAGCAUGCCUCCACGAAAACGGGCCCGGACAUCACAAAGAGCUCCACAUACAUCAUCAUCGGAUGGAAACAAGGAUCCAUCGGAUCAAGCAACACCGAAAUCUGGCCAGCCAAAAAGUCAACAAACACCACCGUCACCGCCGAAUAGGAAACGUCAGCAGACACAGCCGGCACCGCCGAAUAGGAGCGAAGGUCACGUGGACAGCCCGGGACAAUCAGUUAAGCUGACCAAUGUUUGGAUAAUAGGGUCCUCCCUAAUAAAAGGAGCGUACCAUAGACUAGCCUUUAGACCGGAUGGCAACAGUUUAGGUUUGCAGUGUACAAACAUCGGAAGGUUUCAAUGA